AUGCUGUUUACUUUAUUAUGGUUACCAAUACUUCCCGUACCAUCUUCAUCACCCUUUCAGUGCUACUCAUGUGGUGUAUUUUUGAGUGCUCCAACAGCAGCUUGUAAAGGUGAACCAAAAAAAAUAAACUGUACUGGAAGUAGAAUCCGGAAUGGUUGUAUUUCAGUUACCGCAUUAAACACGGACGGUUCAUAUUAUGUCGAAAAGCGAUGUGCGGAUUCCGAAGAGAGAAUGCUCAAAGAUGGCGAAUGUGUGAAUAUGAAUGUUUGGAAGUAA